UCCAACUGUAGUUUCUUGCAGACAUCACAUCAGACUGGAAAGCUGGAGAUGGAGUCUGGAGAAGAAAAUAGUGGCAAUGCCAACUUGAAGAGGCAGCGAGAGCCUCUUUCAGACUCUGAAGACAAUAUUGUCUCAGCACCAGAGAUGAAAGAUGGUUUGAAGCGGCGGCGUCUGGAAGCAGCUGGUCAGGAGAACUGUAGUCCCAAACCAUCUACAUCUGGACGUCUGGCUGAGCUAGAAACAAAACCAGACACACCGAUGAUUCCCUCGGUCCGUUCGCGAGUUCAGCUACUCACUCGGAGAGGAAAUGGUCAUUUUAUUCAGCGUUGCUCGUCUGAUCCGGUAGCUGAAAGCCCAUCGGUUCUCAACAAGGAUGUCAAAGAGCAUUUCCUUGGAAAAGAGGAAUUUAAUCAACGAAUGGAGCUCUUUAAAGCACCCGUCUUUCUGGCCAGCCCCACCCCAAUGCGAAGUCCUGCCGACCCCUGCCAACGAACCGGCUCCGACUUUGUGUGUGGAAUUCAGCAGAAACUCCAGUGCACAACUACACCCAGCUCUAAGCAAGCUUCCCUUAUACGGCAGGAACGAGAACGUGAGUUGAACCAGUUACCUUUCCAGCCAAUCAGCGAGAAUGCCUGGCUGAAAAGGAGCAGCUCUGACUCUUCAAUACUUCAUCAGGUUCUUGGUGAUGCUGAGGGAAAAGAUGGCAGUUUCACUGAAACUCUUGCAUCAGCUGCAGAAAAACCUUCUGUAAAUAUGAUGGACGCUGGAUUAAACUCCCAUGACGAGACCAACACGUCUGAAAUGAUUGACAAGAUGUUUGAGGAGGUUAUGAGUUAUGCUGGAGGAGUAGAAGAUGCGGAACGGCAUGAUGAAGACCAUGAUAGUGGUAUCGCUGCUUGCUCUGGAGUCAAGGACAAGAUGGAUCCAGAUGUAAAGGAGGAGAGAAGUGAAAAAGAGGAUGAGUGUGAUGAGAGCAAUAGCCUCAACACUACUGGAGAUGAGCUCACAUUUCCUGCGAGUGGCAUCCUUUCUCCUCUCAGCAAGUCUGUUGAAGCUGCGGUCACUCCUCUGCGGCUGGCAUCAUCUCUGCAGUCUGAUCCUCCAUCUUUUCUCCUGACCCCAGAAGAAACCUGCACCCCUCCUGCUGAAUCUGCUCCUCUGUACAGUAUUGAUGCGUACCGCACACAAAGACAGAGUAAGCUACCGACCGUUAAGAGCAUCACUCCUGCUGUUCAGAGACAGACUUCAGAGCUGACCAAACCUCAACCGUCAGUCAACACUAAGGAGAGAAUUGCAACUCUUAAUGAAGAAGCAUCAAAACUGCAGACUGUGAUCAACCAGACACUGCAAGCUCUGAGCUGCUGUACAGAUGAGGAACAUGGACGGGGCUCGCUGGAGGAGGCUGAAGCUGAGAAACUGCUGCUCGUCUCUUGUGAGAAACGCUGUGCCCUUCUGGCUGAGGUGGCCAGACUGAGAGAUGAAAGAAGCUCAGAGUCUGAAGAACCAACAAACGAGGACACAGGGUGCAUUUCCCAGCAGCCCUGCAGAGGGACGGUCAGCAUCACAAACAUCCAGCUGCCUCUGAAGGUGGAAUUUGUCUGCUCAUCACAAAACCGUACAGGUCGGCCAACCCACUACUUCUUUGUUCUGAUUCGCUACGGUCCCUGCAACAUCAUCGCCACGCCGCUAGCCACUGCAUCUGAUGCUCAAAAUGGAGACACAAUCUCCUUCCCAACAACUGUCACAAUGAAGGAUAUUCGUUCCUCUUUUGAGAUUGAUGUGGAAGUCUACAGCCUGUCUCAAGCAUCAGGCACAAGCAGCCUCACAGACCGGGCUUCCACCAAGUCACGUGUCACACCAAGAAAACUGCUGAGUACUAUCACAGUGAGUUUCAAUUUUAUUUUCUGCCUAAAUGUCAUAAUAAAUGCUCGUCGCUCCAGUAACUUUUGUUUGGUGGGCUCUCACAAGAUCACCUUGACCUCACUGGGAUGCAACAAGUUCCCCUUGGAUAAGAUGAAAUUUGAAGGCAAAAUCAGGAGGCUGCUGGGAGAUGAAUUUCAGGAAAAGGUGCCUUUUCUCUCGCCUCUAGAGGGCAACAUCUACCUGAAACUGGACAGUGAAGGUCACUCAGAUGUUCAGCACCAAGGCUUCCUGACGAUGUUUGAGUUGAUUAAUGGAUUUGGGGUGUGGAAUCGCCAAUAUUUUGUUCUGGAGGGAUGCAACAUGUACUACUGGAACCACCCAAACGAGAAAGAAACCAAGGAAGCAGAAGGCACCAUCUCUCUGUCAGCGUCCUCCUGUCAGUGCGUCAGGAUUGUCAAGAGAGAAUCAUGUGCUCGACCUUUCACCUUUGAGCUGGUGAAAAAGAUCACACAGCUGGAGGGCCAGAACCAGGAACCAUUGUCAAAGUGUUGGUUCUCUGCUGACACCAAGCAGGAGAUGUUGGACUGGAUGGAGAAGCUCGGCCAAGCUCUCUUGGACUUCCACACAUGGAACCAACCCCAACCAGAGAGUCGGCAGCCAAACCCGUCCAGCAGUGGGAACCUGAGGGAGAGUAUACUGUAA